AUGAUGUACCGCAACGGCUCGCUAUCAAACUCGCCAACGAGCAGUGACGACGGAAGAUUAGACACAAUAAAGUUCGCACACAAGAGCUCGGCAUCAGCUGCCUCUGUAUUUUCAAAAGAGACAUCGCACGAGUCGUUAAUUAAACGCUAUUAUAAUGCCACGUGCACUAAAAUGUACGACGUUGAGGAGCUGAUCGACUAUUAUUGGCAUCGACGACUGGCGGCUGUGCCUGCUGUUAUUGUGAGCUACCUGCCAUUUGUGAUUACCCCGAAUCAAAUUACGAUAUUUGGUCUAUUUCUUGGUUGGGGUGCUGCCUUGUGCCUUUACGACUCGGAGUUUCACUAUCCUCUGGGAUGGGAGUCCCGAAAUUCAUUGUUGGGGGCUUCAGCUCUCAUGUUUACGUGGAUUGUUUCAGACUGUACGGACGGACAGGUCGCACGGCUGUGCAAGCGUGGCACCCGCACGGGUCGAAUUCUGGAUGGCGUUGUGGACGGUCUAGUCAUCGCCCCAAACUUUUGGGUUAUGGGUGAUGUCAUGCAGCACCACUAUGGUGGAAGUAUUAUUUACUUUCACCUUUGCUUCUGGGCAGGCAUGUCCCUUUGGCUUCACGCAAUCAUUUACGACAAGAUCAAAAACGUGUAUAUGGAGAAUGCGCUCCCGCAGUCCGAGUGUGAUGGCGAAACGGUUGCUAGCGUACGUGCCGAGUAUCGUGCAGCACGCGAACAAUCAGCAUGCGCUUUGGAUACGAUCCUGCUGGGUAUCUAUUCGGUGUAUCUGGCUAUUCAGGCCAGUUUUACAUCGGAUGCUGCUUCUCAAGCGGAAAUGGACCGUCAGGCGUUGCUCGCGUCAUGCACCAGUGAAUACCAUAACAUCUACCGCCAGAAGUUUGGCGGACUUGUGCGCGUGGCGUCGUUUCUCGGCAUCAGCGCUCACAUCACAGCUGUUUACGCAGCAUACUUUUUGGCCAUUUACCACUGGGACGUCCUCUUUUACAUGCAGUUUUAUCCGCUUGUCUUACUCAACAUUGUCUUAAUUGGCGUGCUUUUUGAGUACCAACGCUCAGGUAUGGCCAAGUAUACACCCACAAAAGAAGGUACAUUUUAA